AGCUUCUUUUACACACAUACCGUCAUUUGCAGAGGGCACACACACACAAACUGAUCCUCUCACAUAUAGACUCACAGCUGUUGAUUCAUCUCUCUCUGAUGAACGGCGAGGAGCCAAGAAGCCCUGCAGGGAGCUGAAGGAGAAAGCAGCUCUGCCGUUUGCUCCAUCGCGACUCCACUUGAGAGCAGCUACAUGGAGGAUCUAGAUUGACAAGUGCACUGAUUUGUUUUUACGAUCGCUUCCUGGUGUUCCUUUGGGUCAUUCUGCUCUUGCUCUUGCUCUUGCUCUCUCUCACACACACACACACACGGUCUCUUGCUCUUCUUAUUUUCUGAAUCUGUGGGAGUUGAUGCAAGAUUUCAGGCAGCAAGUUAGAGGACAAAAAGAGACAUGUGCUUUUCUUUUGGUUUCGCCACCUACCACCACUGCUGCUUCUCUUCCAUUCAUUGACCAAGGAGGAAAUAAAAGGCGUGAUUCAGAGCGGCAGCCAUUCCGCAAAGAAGUGAAAGGCAACAGGGAUGAGUGUGGACAGCCACCAGGGGGUUGUGACCACCCCUCCCACACCCAGUGGCAAGACCAAAGAGCGCUACUUUGAUCGAGUCAAUGUCAACGAUCCAGAGUACCUCCGAGCCAGGAAAAUGUCGCCUGACCUCCGACAGGACUUCAACGUUCUGGAACAGAAGAAGCGGGUCACGCAGAUAUUACAAAGCCCUGCCUUCAAGGAGGAGUUGGAAAGUUUGAUCCAAGAGCAGCAAUGCAAAGGGAACAACCCCGCUGGUCUGUUGGCCCUCAGACAGAUUGCAGACUUCUUCAUGGCGAGUUCAAUGGCCGGUUACAACACUUCCCCACUAAGUUUGGGGAUGGUCAUACCCAUUAACGACUUGUACAACGUGGAAGCGGGUGCCAUGGUGAAAGGAGAGAAGCUGACACGCUGUAAACUGGCCAGCCUCUACAGAUUGGUGGACUUGUUUAACUGGGCCCACUUUGCCAGCUCCUAUAUCACCGCCCGAAUCAGCAAAGAGCAAGAUCACAUCCUUAUAAUCCCCAGAGGGCUCUCCUUUGCUGAGGCGUCUGCAUCAAACCUGCUGAAGGUCAACAUCAUCGGCGAGGUGAUCGAGCAGGGUUCCACCAACCUGAGCAUCGACUCAGCCGGUUUCAGCCCCCACGCCGCCAUCUACUCGAUACGUCCAGACACCCGCUGUGUCAUCCAUGUGCACACUCCUGCCACGGCUGCUGUGUCCUCUAUGAAGUGUGGCAUCCUGCCCAUUUCUCAGGAGGCGCUCAUCCUGGGUGACAUCGCCUAUUUCAAUUACAAUGGCAAUCUCGAUGAGCCAGCCGAGCGAAGAGAGCUGCAAAAAGCACUCGGGCCUACAGCAAAGGUUCUGGUGUUGCGCAAUCAUGGCUUGGUUGCUCUGGGUGAAUCUAUGGAAGAGGCCUUUCAUUACAUCCACAAUGCGCAAUAUGCCUGUGAAAUUCAGGUAAACGCCAUCUCCUGUGCUGGCAGCAUAGACAACCUGAUUGUGCUUGACCAAGAGAAAUACAAAUCGCGAGUGUUCGCCGUGGCCUCAACAGUUUCCGAAAAUGUAAACAGCCCGUACAAGUGGAAAGUCGGUGAACUGGAGUUUGAGUCACUGAUGAGGAUGCUGGAUAACCUGGGCUACAGGACAGGUUAUGCCUACCGCCAUCCCAUCAUGCGUGACAAACCGAGGCACAAGAGCGACGUGGAGAUCCCCGCCACCGUCACGGCGUUCAUGUUCGAAGAGGAUGUGGACGCCACGCACUUUCCCUUCAAGUUCCUGCAGCAGCGGCAGCAGCGGGAGAAGACGCGCUGGCUCAACUCACCUAACAGUUAUACCAAGGUCAACGUGGAGGGCGGAGAUGACCGGUACAACCACAACAGGACAACCACGUGGAUGAAAGCAGAGGAGACUGGAACGCCAAUCAGAAUUGAGGACCCCAAUCAAUUUGUCCCUCUCAACACAGACCCCAAGGAGGUACUGCAGAAGAGAAACAAAAUCAGAGAGCAGAAUCGAUACGAUCUGACAACAUCAGGGCCGCGAUCACAGCACCUUGCUGGCAUCCCAAUUGAUCAACCACGACAGGCUGAAGUGCAGAUACACGUUCUGCCAUACGUGCCCACAGAGGAGGAGCAGAUGGCCCCACUGCCUCCCAACCCUUUCAGUGAGCUGUCAGAGAAAGAUUUGCAGGAGUAUCACAAAAACGUGGAACUGAGGCAACUGGGUCUCGAUGGCGAGCACGAACUAACCUCGGACGACGGCUCCACGCUCUCUCAGUCUGUGUCGCUCACCCAGUCCCCACAAAGCACUCCAGCUAAAGCAGUCAACCACGCGGGCCUGAUGAACGGCAAGGAUAACCACUGCGACGCCAACGACGAGCUGUGCAAGCGGGUCAGCCAGCUCAACACUAGCGCGGAGAGCGUGGAAAUGACGGUGCGCUCGGCCGACAAGAUCGAAGAGGUGUUGUCUCAGGAGAGCUCGCCCUCCAAGUCGCCCAACGGCAAGAAGAAGAAAAAGUUCCGCACGCCGUCCUUCCUCAAGAAGAACAAAAAGAAAGAGAAGACAGAGGCCUGAGGGCCACCAAGAUGAUAGAAAGGGGAGGGCAUCUUUUUAUGUUUUGUCUUUUAUGCUGUCUUUGUUUUCCUGAUUUUUGUGUUUAAUCCUUUCCAGAGUUUUUAUAUACAAAGAAAUGAUUUGGAGAAAAAAAAGGAAUUGGCAAAAAAACAAAACGUUUCCCACGCAGAUGGACAGAUAGAGUAUGGUCGAGCAUUUUCAAGUGAAUCACAAAUGCAGUACUCAAAGUUGAUUCAGUGACAUCUGCACAACUGUGCUGAAAUUAGAAUUGUUAAAAGUACGAUCAUUUCAACGUAAUUCUCAAGUCAAGAGUGUAUACUGCACAUUUUUUUGUUAAAUCCUCAUCUGGUGGUCCUCUGCCUUUGCAUUGAGUUUAUAAUCACUAAGAGGCUUCAUGACCGAUGACAUCACACUGGACAACUUCUCCCCAUCAGUGGCCACAGGGUAUGUGUCCAUUUGUUUACUGGCUCUUCUUAUUUUGCACCAUUCUUCUCGUUUUUGCGCUUCUGCGGCAUCGACACAUACGUAUUUACUCACCAAACUGGAGUCAUGCGCCUUUUAGCGUUAACAUCUCAAAAGAGCCAGUCGGAUACUAUUCAUUUACAUAUGUAGCAUUUUCCUACUUACUUUUGGGACGAACCGGAAUUUUUUUUUAGUGUAGUUGAAGUCAUCGCAUGAAAUUUGACCUUUUUUAUUGAACAUUUUGCUUGUAUUCAACAUCCUUUUGUACUCAUUUCUAGGCUUUUUCCAGGCGCCUAUUUUGUCUUUUGCCAGGAGGAGAAGUGAUUGCUCACACUAUAUUUUAAAGUAGAGUACAUAAAUAUAACACAGAUAUAUUUGACAACUGGAUACGUCGGCUAUAGAUUUGUAACUAUAUAUUUUUUUAUUUUAUUGUGCUGCACUUUCCACUGUAGUAGGAUGGUUUCACCCGUGAAAGAGACUGUCAAGUCGUAUGUGGUCAAAAACCGAGCAAGUAGCAAAGCAAUUGAGACAAGUGAAGACUCAGAAAGUGAAAUCAGUAUGAAGGAGAAAAAACAAAACAAAAAAUAGGCUUUUCAUGUGCGAAAUGAUGUCUGCACUCAGCAAAAAUCAGGAAGUGUGUUGUGCUGAUAUGUCUAACCUCUGCAGUCGCCAGCUGAGAAUAACAGGAGUAUUAGGACCUCACUGAAGUGGCGAAAAAAAGGAUAUUACCAGAAGCAAAGUUGUAAUGGGAGAAAAAAAUGGCCGGUAUCUCCAUAAAAAUUGAGUUUUUCUCUGCAAUUAGUAUUAAGUAAUGGUUCAAAACAUUUCAACAUGGAGUAAUCUUCAAUCAUGAGGAACUGUUUUUUUAAAACCCCAAUUGUUGUAAUAUUACAAACAAAAUUACAUCUUUUAUGAUUGACCUAUUUUCCCUGUAAAAUGAUUAUCAUUUUCUUGUAAAAUUACAACAGUUGUAAAAUGAUUGAAUUCUUUGUUCCUCUUUUACAACAUUAUUCUUCAACUUAAUCCUUGUAAUCCAGCAUCUGUCACAAAAUUAUACCUCGCAACAUUUCAAUUUCAUUUGUUUUAUAUGUUCAAAUUAAGUCUGUCCUGACAUUUUUACUCCUCUAGGGAGGAAAAAAAUAUGAUUUUAUUCUUGUAUAUUAAGAGUUCUUCUAAUAUUUUAUCUGUGUCGUAUAUUUUCUUUCCCCCCCGCAGUCUGGCCCUAAUCCUCCUGUGUCACGAAUGAAGUAUGAAGCAGGGAUGACUUUUGUAUAGUGUUGAUAUACGUGCUUAAAGAGUGUGUGAUUUAAAGCCAUAUUGUAUUGUUUUUGGACAAGGGGUUGUGAGGCUUCAAUGACCCUGACAGGACCUCUUGUUUAAUCCCCUUAAUGACUGCACGGCCCCUUCUCUCGGGUCCAAUAACCAGCACUCUUCUUCACUCCUCAAAACGCAGCUUUUCACACGCGCAUUCAAUCUCGUACGCCCGUUUCACUCCCCUCGUGCGACGUUUUGGGUAAAUGUGAUAUUUGUCGGAUGACCCGUCGUUGACCUGAACUCCAAGUGUAAGAAGGGAGGACUUGUAGCAUGCUUUCAGCUUUUUUUCAUCGCAUCGUCGUCUUUGUCAUCCUCCAUUUGUAUGGCUAUAUUUAUUCUAUGUUUGUUUAUUAAAUAUUUUAUGGGCAUAAAUUGCUCCCAGGUGAACUGAAUGUGCGUUCCUUCAGUUUCAAUUUUGGUUUCUUUGCACCUUGCGCGACCAAUGCUUCCCAAUUCAUCUUUUCUGUUUCCAAAAAAAAAAAAAAUGUUUGCUUUGGUAUGCCACAAUGAGCCAAGCGACUUUUUGAUCUGUGAACACCCCCUUAUAUAAAUGCUAAUCUAUGGAAUUGCUUUUAGAUGUAUUGCUAAUCAGUGUACAUUCACAAAUAAACUGUAUUUUGCCAAAA